GGCGCGCUUGGGCCUCAGCUCCUCACGCGCCGCUUUCCCAGCCCACAUCCCGCGCCGCCCGGAGCCCUGGCGGCCAAGGGUGUGCGCGAGCGGAGGCAGCAGCCAGAGGAGGAGCCGCGAGCGCUGAGAAGAGAAGGCGAAUCCCAGUGAGGGAAGUGACUUGACCAUCUUACUGAGCUGGUCAGUACAGAAGCAGAAGCUGGGAGGAGGAGCCCCUGACUGCCCACCUGGUGCUUUUCCCCUCAGGCACAUUUCCUCUUUCUCCACUGGAGUAAAGAUAAAAGUUUUCCUGUCAUUCACAGAAAAAUGGAUCAUUUAAACCUUUGGAGGACUCAGUUAUCACAAUACUUCUAUACUACCAACUGAGAUUCAUGUAUAUUUAUGACCAUAAAUGUCUGCAUCAUAGAACUGCUGAAGAACUAAAAGAGAAUAUUCUUUAAUCUUCUUAAAAUUUAUUCCUAAAAAUAAUCCUAUAGUGUCAUGAUAUUACUAAAUUAAACUAGAAGGCACAGUUAUUAAAUUAUUAGACUUGUUAAUAAGAGCACACAUGUGCAACGGCUACUGUAUCCUGACAGUUACCAAACCUCAAAUUUUGAUGAUUUCCCUUUGUGGGAAAGGUCAUUACAUUUGCAAGAAACCACUGAACAUUGUCAUCAAAUAUAUUUUCAGCUGAGUGUCUUUUAGGAGAAUUUACUUGAAACAAGUUCUAGAAAAUUCCAUGCCCCACCACUAAGUGGAUUUGAUAUUAUGGCAGCAACUUACAGACUUGUGGUUAGUACUGUGAACCACUACAGCAGUGUGGUGAUAGACCGACGUUUUGAGCAAGCUGUACAUUAUUGCACUGGAACCUGCCACACCUUCACCCAUGGAGUUGACUGCAUUGUGGUCCAUCAUAGUGUUUGUGCAGACCUCUUACACAUCCCUGUGUCUCAGUUCAGAGAUGCAGAUCUGGACUCUCUGUUUCUACCCCAUGAAAAUGGGUUUUCCUCAGCUGAAGGUGACUAUCCCCAUCAGGCCCUCACAGGCAUACCCAGGGUCAGGAAAGGAUCUACAUUUCAGAACACCUGUAACUUAAAGGACAUUGCAGGAGAAGCAAUCAGUUUUGCCAGUGGGAAAAUAAAAGAAUUUUCCCUUGAAAAACUCAAAAACUCUAACCACGCAGCUUACAGAAAGGGAAGGAAAGUUAAGUCUGACUCAUUUAACAGGAGGUCAGUUGAUUUUGACUUGCUCUGUGGCCAUUAUAACCAUGAUGGGAACUCCCCAUCCUUUGGUUUACUCCGGAGUUCCUCAGUCGAGGAAAAAUCUUUGUCCCAUAGAAACUCACUCGAUACGAACCUGACUUCAUUGCUUCUUCACAACUUCUCUGAAGAAGACCUGGUUACUCAGAUUUUGGAAAAACAUAAAAUAGAUAAUUUUUCUUCUGGAACAGACAUAAAGAUGUGCUUAGACAUCUUGCUAAAAUGCUCUGAGGAUUUGAAAAAAUGCACAGACAUCAUAAAACAAUGUAUAAAGAAAAAGUCAGGGAGUAGCAUCAGUGAAGGAAAUGGUAAUGAUGCAAUUUCUAGCUCUGAAACUGUCUAUAUGAAUGUAAUGACCAGGUUAGCAUCCUAUCUGAAAAAGCUACCAUUUGAAUUCAUGCAGUCUGGGAAUAAUGAGGCUAUAGAUUUAACAGAACUGGUCAGUAAUAUGCCUAGUUUACAACUGACUCCCUUCUCCCCAGUAUUUGGCACUGAACAGCCCCCUAAGUAUGAGGAUGUUGUCCAGCUCUCAGCCCCUGACUCUGGACACUUUCAAACUAUAGAACUGCAAGAUGACAAGCACAGUUCUAGGAAAACAGACACUGUAAAAUCCAUUCCAAACAACUCUACAAAUUCCUUGUGUAAUUUAGAGAUAAGUGAUCCCAGACCUCUAAAAAAUGUCCAGCUUCAAUCACAGUCAUUAACCAUGAACGCUUUAGAAAAUGUUUCUUCUGGUAAUCUAGUGGAAACCCUUUAUAUUGAGGAAGAGUCAGAUGGAAAGAAAACAUUAGAUAAAGGACAGAGGACAGAAAAUGGACCCAGUCAGGAGUUGUUAAAGGUAAAUGAAGAUAGAGCAGAAUUACCAGUUCGUGGUACUCAUCUUAAAAAAUGCCCUGCCUCAAUGCAAAAUGAAAUUGGUAAGAUAUUUGAGAAAUCAGUUGUUAAUCUACCUGAGGAAGGUCUUAAAUCAAAAGUUCCUAAAGUUGAAGAGGGAAACCACAGAGAUUUUAUGAAUCCUAACAGUCAGGAAGAGAUAGAUAAAUUGUUAAUGGAUUUGGAAUCUUUCUCACAGAAAAUGGAGACCUCUCUAAGAGAGCCACUUGCCAAAGGUAAAAGCUCUGUCUCUCUAAAUAGUCAUAGUCAGUUGACUGGUCACCUCCCUGUAGAUCUUGAGCCUGAAUCUAAAGUCUCUUCACCCACGGAAAAAGUCUCACCUUCCUGCCUAACAAGGAUUAUUGAAACCAAUGGACACAAAAUAGAGGAAGAGGAUCGAGCCCUCUUACUGCGAAUUCUAGAAAGCAUUGAAGACUUUGCUCAAGAACUGGUUGAAUGCAAAUCAGGCAGAGGGAACCUAUCACAAGAAAAAGAGAUGAUGCAAAUUCUACAAGAAACCUUGACAACUUCCUCGCAGGCCAGUUUAUCAGUCUGUAGAAGUUCUGUUGGUGAUAAAGCCAAUGACACUACCUCAGUGGUUUUGAUUCAGCAGACCCCAGAGGUGAUCAAGAUUCAAAAUAAACCAGAAAAGAAACCUGGGACACCACUUCCACCUCCAGCCACCUUUGCAAGUAGUCCCCGACCUCUCUCCCCUGUUCCUCAUGUGAAUAAUGUUGUGAAUGCAACAUUAUCCAUAAACAUUCCACGGUUCUACUUCCCUGAAGGACUCCCCGAUGCCUGCAGUAAUCAUGAACAGACUCUAAGCAGAAUUGAAACUGCUUUCAUGGAUAUUGAAGAUCAGAAAGCAGACAUUUAUGAAAUGGGAAAAAUUGCAAAGGUCUGUGGCUGUCCUCUUUAUUGGAAAACCCCCAUGUUCAGGGCUGCAGGGGGAGAGAGGACAGGAUUUGUGUCAGCCCAGUCAUUCAUUGCCAUGUGGAGAAAGUUGCUGAGUAACCAUCAUGAUGAUGCCUCUAAGUUUAUCUAUCUUCUUGCAAAGCCCAGCUGCAGCUAUCUAGAACAGGAUGAUUUUGUUCCUUUACUUCAGGAUGUGGUAGAUACACAUCCUGGCCUCACGUUCCUGAAAGAUGCUCCAGAAUUCCACUCCCGCUACAUCACCACGGUUAUUCAGAGAAUAUUCUACACAGUCAACAGAUCUUGGAGUGGAAAAAUUACUGCAACAGAGAUAAGAAAAAGCAACUUUUUGCAAACUCUAGCACUUUUGGAAGAAGAGGAAGAUAUAAACCAAAUCACAGAUUAUUUCUCCUAUGAACACUUCUAUGUUAUUUAUUGUAAAUUCUGGGAACUAGAUAGUGAUCAUGACCUCUACGUCAGCCAGGCCGAUCUGUCUCGAUACAAUGACCAGGCUUCAUCAAACAGGAUUAUUGAAAGGAUAUUCUCUGGGGCAGUAACAAGGGGAAAAACAGUACAGAAAGAGGGAAGAAUGAGCUAUGCAGAUUUUGUUUGGUUUUUGAUUUCUGAGGAAGACAAAAGGAACCCCACCAGCAUUGAGUACUGGUUCCGCUGCAUGGAUGUGGAUGGGGAUGGUGUGCUCUCCAUGUAUGAGCUGGAAUACUUCUAUGAGGAGCAGUGUGAACGGAUGGAAGCCAUGGGCAUUGAGCCCUUGCCAUUCCAUGAUUUGCUGUGCCAGAUGCUUGACCUGGUGAAGCCAGCCAACGAUGGCAAAAUAACUCUACGAGAUCUGAAGAGAUGCAGAAUGGCUCACAUCUUUUAUGACACUUUCUUUAAUCUGGAGAAAUACUUAGACCAUGAACAGAGAGAUCCCUUUGCGGUCCAGAAGGAUGUUGAGAAUGACAGUCCUGAGCCCUCUGACUGGGACAGGUUUGCUGCUGAGGAAUAUGAGACCCUUGUAGCAGAGGAGUCUGCCCAAGCACAGUUCCAGGAAGGCUCCUUUGAAGAUUAUGAAACAGAGGAACCUGCCUCUCCCUCUGAAAUUGGAAACAAAGGCAAUAAAAUAGUGACCUCAAGCCUUUCAGAGAAAUGUGGAAAGCUUCAGUCGGUGGAUGAAGAAUAGCUGCCAAUGUCUACAUGAAAGGGAGAUAUGUAUUUUAAAUGUUUUUUUCUUGUGAAGAGAUGCUGUAGUUUGCAUAUUGCUUUUUAAAGGCUUUGAUUUCUGCAAGUGCGUUAUCUGCAGCACUAGGAAUUUUUUUAACGUUUUUGAGCAAUAGCUCUGGAUACACAUACCCAGUUUGGGAGACUCCUCCAAUUUGCCUCAAACCUCUUACAGAGCUUUUCCUCAGAAGCAAGUAAGAUAUACAUCACCUUCCAACGUCUGUGAAUCAGCACUCUUCACCCCUGAAUGUACCAAGGAUCUCUUGGGGACAGUGCCAAGCACAGUUCUCUGCACAAAAGCAGGAGUUGCCUCUGUUGUCCAGCAUCCCUGAGGCCCAUCAGGGCUCCUAUGGAGCCCAGAAGAAGCCUUCACUUGCAGAAAACUUGAGUCAAAAAAUUCUGGAACUUGAAAAAGCAGUCAGGGCCUCCAGAACUGAAUUAGCCCUGGUAAUAAAAGCACUGCCAAAACAUCUCAGAGACUUCUUUUAAUUGUAUGUGUACUGGAGUUCAAAGAUCUUGAACUUAAUCUAAUUUCACAAUGACCUGCCAAACUGCUAGUCACUUUACAUCCUCAGGUAUUGUAACCACUGGGCCUUCCAACCUUGCUGGCAAGCUCUAAAUAAUCCCUCCCCAUCCUGACUGUGGAUCUUAUAUAAAAUCUGAAGAAAAACUUGUUAACUGAAGACACGUACAGAAUAUGACUCACACUUGGGGGGGGGAAGUUUCCUUUUAACUCAUCUAACAUUUGUAGAGAAUUAUUGAGUGAUUAAUCUAAAAAUUAGUUGAUGUCCCAUCUAUACUUCAUAUCAGAAGACCUACUUGAAGACUUAAAUAAUUAUAUAUGAAAAUUCUUACUAGACAUAUUCAUCACUAAAUAUUAGACUAGGCCAACAGUAAAGGCCUCAAUCUAAACAUUAUUCCUUAACUUCAUGUUGAAAAGAAACUAUUUCAAAUAUUGCAUCCACUUCAGUAUUUAUCACAAAAAUGGAAGAAAACAGUGAUGCCACCCAUAAAGGAAAGCAACUUCAUGUUUACUAUAGUGGUAGAUGUGGUCAACACAGAAUACAUUUUUCAGCAAGCCACAAUGCAGCCAAGCCCCGCAAUACUGUUGAAGAUAAAAUUGAAAAUAAACUAUUAAAAAGGAUGGAAAUUUGACACUAUAAAAGAAACCCCCAAGAAACUUUUUAAUAUCCACUUCUGUCAAAGUCAUCAAGUUUUCUCCUGGAUUUUUUGUUUUAACCUCAAGUCCUAAAUGUCAGAGUAGCUUCCUUUGCACCCCACAUUGGUUCCCUUGCUGGUGUGAUGGCCAGACUUUGAAACAAUCAAACCUUGGGCUGUGGUAGGCAAAAAGUGGAGAAAAGGAGAAUUUAGGAAAUGCACCAUCAACUAGUGUUGUUAUUAAUAGAGUUAGCAAUCCUUCCUGUCAGUAUCCUCCCAGUUUCCUGUUAUUUUACCUUCAUGAUCAGAACUGACCUUCCAUUUAACUAUUACAGAAAGUAUUAAAAGUUAGUUUCUAACAGUUCACAAAGAAUAAAUAAAAGCUUAAAAGUGACUAAAUUUUUUGGAAACACUACAAAAAAUAAUCUAAACACACUGGUAAAUUAUUAGGAUUAAAAGUGUUUAUGUGGUACAUGAAAUUUACCGUCUAUCCCAUCCAACCUUUACCAGGGAACAAAAGCAACUUUACAUUUUCAGAUAAAAAUGCUAAAAAGGUAAAUUUUGUUAGAAGCCAGAUAUGGUUUAAAGGUUUUAUUAGCCAUAAUGAUCUAAACUAUUUCUAAGACUCAGCAAAAAUUCAGUUUUCCAAUAUACAUUUGAUUUUGGUUUUUUUACUACAUAGCUGUACUUGACCUUGUUUCUACUUACUGAAGUCCUCUUUCACUUUGGUCAAUAACUGGUUUCAAAAGUCUACAGUUAUUAUAAAAGUACAGCUAACAAUAUCAUUCCACUUAAGAUAGUGCUUUUAAUUUAGGUUACCCAAAGUAUCACAUUUUCAGACAUAAGAAUGUGUUUCACUGUACUCCCUUCUUAGUAUUGAAUGUAAGAAAUGUGAAUUCUGAGGAACUAAGAUGAUAGUAUAUAUUUGACUUUCUGGUAAAGAUCAUGCAGAAUAUAAUCAUUACUGCCCAACUGGAAAUUUCAAGUUAUUACAAUAUCCAAGACUCUUGAUAAAAGUUAAAUUGAGGGUAUGAUCUUAAUGCUAGUCAAUGAAAAAUGAGUUUCAUAGCAUAACAUUGCCAAGGUAAUCAAACUAAUGAAAUUCUGUAUAUUUUCCCUGCAUCUUAUCUAUGUCAUUGUGUACUGUUCAAAGUGUUUAUAAAACUCUAGAUUGAUCAAAUGAGAGAAGUCAUUUGCUCAACUUUUGGAAAUGUUAUGGUGUGUUUGGGUGGAGAAGCCUGCAUGAUUUAACUUUUGUUUUUGUUUUUCCCUUUUUGCAAAACUAAAUAAAGUUGUCAAAUAUGAACUAAGAUAAUCACUACACACUUUUGGUUUUAAUCACACUUGCAAUUCAUUUUUAUGUUUGAAAGAGCAGCAUUAGAAACAAACUUGAGU